CCCCUCGUUCUUGUCAUACUGGCGUGCGCAUGUGUGAGCCUGUCGGGCCUGCUUGCUUUGUUUGUCUGUGGCUCCGGGGUGCCCGUACUCUCCUGUAGAAUUGGCUAGAAAUGAAUCCGUAGGGAUGUACACUCAAGAUUAGGUGCCGGUGCCGUCGCUGCUAUCCCUUUGCCUGAACUAACGGAGGACCAUCAACUAGCAUCUCUUCCCAUUAUGACCUAAUUCCAUCUCACGGAGGCACCGCAUCUUGAAUUGAUAUACUCCAGUUACUGCCGAUAGGUGGUGGGGAAGUCGGGCUUACGUCGACUGAACACAUUUAAACAAGGUUUCUCCGACUGAGAUGUGGGUUGCCUUUGAAGAGAUGUUUUGAAGUAGCCAUACGUGCCCCUUUAUAAGGCACAAGGGUCAACCGCGACCCUUCACUGGAUAUAUAGUAGGAUAUGGUGGAUAUAUGUGUGCAGAGUGUGUAAAUGGGAUAGAACGACGCAAUCAUCUUCUGUGUGGGUCAGAUCUGGCGUAUUCAGACAGUUGGGAAUCCAGUCAGGAAACACGUAUUGUUUUACAACAUCGCCAGCGGGGCGGAUGCUUCUUCCAACUGUACGGAUCUAUUGUGUGAUACAGAACUAUGGCGCCCACUUUACACUGUUCCUCCAUGCCAAGUUGAUACCGUGUCUGUGUUUCAGUGCUGCUAUCGACAAUGUGACCGAUUAUCGAAAUAAGGUGAGCUUUUUCAAAAUGUGGUCGAGAGGUUAUGACCUUUGCCUUCCGAGGUCACCUGUCGGUGGUUGAUUCCUUUGGAUACCAGUUCUGGUGUGCAGUUUAAAGUUUCCUAGCAAAUUUUAUUUAUGACUUGAGUGUUUGUUUACCCAAACCCAAGGGAUUAGCGGAAAAUAGAAUGCAAAGAAGCUCCAUGAAACCCAGUAGUAUGGCGGUCGGAGCUAGCAUUCUGAAACCUCCAAAACCACCUCGUUGGAGGGACUUCGUGGAUCCAGCACCUUCAUCUCAUAGUAAAGACUUGAAUAAAGCACAGGAUCAUGGCGACUCGGGUAAACCCUACUGUGCCAAGUCAGGUGUGCAUGAUUUGGGGGAGAGCAAAAUCCCUACCCCUCAUCCUCAGGGCGGGGGAAGAACAUGUAAAGGGUUAAAACGGGUGCGUGCCAAAAUACAUCGUACCCGAAGUCAACAUGUGAUAGAUGAGGAGGAUUUGCCUGAUGGCGCUUUGACUAUGACUCUUGCCGAAACCAAACCUCAAGAAUUCGGGCUUCGAAAUAGACAGGUGCUUGACGAUAGGUCUUAUAAAGAGGAAAACGCUCGUCGGUGUCAAAUAUGGUUGGAAAGUAUUGAAAAGUGUGUGCCUUUAGAUGAAAUAGCUUACACGGAGGGUGCGGGAGAGGAGGGGGUGGACGUUGAGGUUCCGGAGGAGACGAGGUGGAGUGAGGAUGGGGAGCCACUGAGGCCCCCCUUCAACACCAGCGCGUCAAGCUCGGAGGGGGAGGAGUAUGAGGCCUACCCCACACGAGAGACCCUUGUCCCAGGGCUAUCUGUUGGUUCCCCCCAAUCUCUGAGAACGGAUAAAUUAUUAAAAUCCUCAUCAUCAACAUGUAUGCAUGAUAAACUGAUACGAAAGAAAACUUUGCCAAUCUCUGAAGACACGGGGCUUGAAUGAUUCUGCUUAUGCAACUCUGGGUAAAAAAUAUAUAUUUUUGUCACUGUUAUUGGAUGUAUAUUUGUUGUGUUGAAGGUUUAAACAGUGAUGUGAAAGAGACGGCAGAUGCCCUAUUGGGGCAUCAUUGUGUUCUGUGCCGGGGGUUACUGGUGUAUGUCCCUAUUGAGUGACACCUCUGCUCUAAAGCGUUGUGAACUGAGAAACCGAGGACUAUCGUCUGCUGACUGUCGUCUGCUGCGAUAGAAGUCAACAAUUAUCUCCCCUGUUUGUGUCAUACAUUUGGUAUAUAUAUUGCUAAAUCAGGGGAGUUGGACGUAUCGGGGAUUUUAGCCAAAAUAAAACGUUGAGUUGAAAGUA